AUGUGCAACAAACAACUGAGAAUUAAACCUGUGUUUCUGCUGUCAUGUGGGUCUUUCAAUCCAAUUACUGUAAUGCACAUGCGAAUGAUGGAACUAGCAAGAGAUAAAAUUGAAAGUAUGCAUUUGUCAACAAAAGAAUCUCAUGUUUUGUCUAGGGAGAAUAACCAGUUCACUCAAAAAGAAUAUAGUGAUAGCCAUCCAAUAGAUUAUGACCACCAGACAGUCGUCGUUGGUGGUAUAUUCAGUCCUGUGUCCAAUCUGUAUGAAAAGAAAGGUCUCUUACCAGCCUCUAUACGCGUCGAGCUUACACGAUUAGCCUGUAUUUCUGCAUCCGACUGGUUGGCCGUAAGUAACUGGGAGUGUUCACAAUCAAGUUGGUUGAGAACUCGAGUGGUCUUAGACCACAUUUAUAGUGUCUUGAAUAAUACGUACUCGAAUUUAAGUAACAUUGACGAAACCGACAUUGACUCAGUUCCGAGGAAGAAGACUUGCUUCGCACCAAGCAAUUUUUAUCCCACUGAUCGUUUAAUUAACGAAGACCACGAACAAACGAAACUUUCAUCACUAGAAGGCAUGGCGACUGACCUCUGGCUUAAAAGUUGCUUUCAUCUUGACUCUCUUAUUAAUGUUAGUAACAUAAAAUGUGGUGAACACCAAGUACAUAAUGCUAAUGAUGAUCAUUUCAACAGCAAUCUCUUCACUUCAUCAUCAUCCGUAGAUAGAUCACAUUACUGUCGCAAAAACAAUACCGCAAACGUUUUGCUAUCAAAGCCUUGUGUGAAAUUAGUUUGUGGUGCUGAUCUUCUGGAAUCAUUCAAAACUCCAAAUUUGUGGUCAGAAGAAGAUAUUGAAACGAUUGUUCGUGACUAUGGUAUAAUUUGUAUUAGUCGACCUUCAUAUGAGCCUUUAAAAAUUAUCAAUGAAUCAAACAUUUUGGGCAAAUAUAAGGAUAAUAUAAGUUUAGUGAUAGACAAUUGUCAGAAUUCACUAAGCUCUACUUUUGUACGUCAUGCUUUAUCAAAUGGUAAAAGUGUACGCUACCUCGUUCCAGAUCGUACUUUGGAAUAUAUUUAUACACAUAAAUUAUAUGAUGCCAAAAAAAGAUGUGUUAAUUUACUUGAAUCGAAGACUAAAACAGAAGUACAACACUAA